UUGCAGCCCAGACCAGUACCAGAUUCCGUCCGAUCAGCUGUGCGCAAACUGGACCUGAGGGUGCGCACUGAUCAGAGGUUCUUCAGUGGAAGCUGGCAGUUUUGAGCUGUGCGCAAAGUUACACUGCAACACGGAACUGGACAAGACACUUCAAGUGCUUUAACCUCAGCUCUUUACUGGAGACUUGAGCCACUUCUGUCAAUCCUCAUCAUGUUCCUUCACUUUUUUUCCACUGACAAGUCUUCGAAGGCUGAAGGGUCUAAGGGUAGAUUUUGAUGUAAAACUCAGAGGUCUGAGGAUGUCAGCUGUAAAGAUGACAGAGGGGAGCUUGCAGGUGGAGGUCUGCAAAGCGCCGCUGUUCUUCAGACAGAGUGAACCUGCCACGGGGGAAGCAAGGAUGUCAGUUUUACUCCUUCACGGCAUUCGUUUCUCAUCAGAAAACUGGCUCAACAUCGGCACUCUGGAGACUCUGGCCAAAGCAGGCUGCCGAGCAGUGGCCAUCGACCUGCCAGGACUUGGCCGGUCUAAAUCAGCCAAGGCCCCGGCAGCUGUCGGAGAACUGGCCCCUGCGUCGUUUCUGAAGGAGGUGUGUGAGCAGCUGAGCCUGAGCCCGGUGGUGGUGGUCAGCCCGUCGCUCAGUGGGAUGUACUCCCUCCCCUUCCUACUGCAGCAUCAGGCUCUGAUUCGAGCGUACAUCCCUGUAGCUCCCAUCUGCACUGAGAAAUUCAGCGCAGAGCAGUACCAGAGUGUAAAGGUGCCGGCUCUCAUAGUUUACGGUGACCAGGACGCUCAACUCGGGGAGGCAUCACUGCAUAACCUCAGCAACCUGGCCAAUCACAGGGUGGUGGUGAUGAAAGGAGCAGGACACCCCUGUUACCUGGACGACCCCGACACCUGGCACAAGGCGCUCACGGACUUCCUCAACACCCUCUGAUGCUCUUUUUCAGGACGCUGAGCUCCGCAGACACAAAAAAACCCACAUUAAUCAUUUGUGAGAAAUUCAGCCCACGGAUGUCCUCCAUCCUCCUGCAUGACCUGAUUUAAAAACUGCAAAUCAAGUCUUUUCCAAUGAUGAGACUCAUACUUUUAAUACCAUAACAUAAAAUAUUUCCUAUUAGAAUUAAUAGCAACGAGGCUUAUUGGAGCUAAUUGAGCUUUUUAAGAUAGAUUAUAUAUUUUCAAUUUAACCGAGCACAUAAAUGAAUCUCCUGCUGUGUCUGAAAAAACAAACGCCACUCGCUGAAAUGAAGUGAAAAAUAUGAACAUUAUUUAAUAACUGAUUCUCUGUAAUAAACAAUUUGAAAAUAUUUUACAAGGAGUCACAGACACAAUAUUUUACAAAUUUUGCCCUCUUCUUUUUUUUAGCUUCAUCUGUACAAAAGAAUGGAGCGACAUGGACUAGUGCCCAGUAAAGAAGGAGCUAAAUCUUCCACACACACAAACAUUCACACUCACACACGUACAAGAAAUCAACCAAAAGUAAAACAAAUUAAAAACAUUUUGUCGACUUCAGAUCUCAAACUUAUCAACAGUGCUGUAUUCCUAUAUAUAUUUUUUUUUUUUACUUCACUUAAAAUUCGACUGAUUUUACUUUUUUUUUUUUCUAAAUGUUGCUGUUAUUUUUUUCACACACUUGUCAAACAUGGUCACAUAGCACCAGACUACAGACUACAGAAUCACAUACACUCGUCUCUUUCCCACAGAGACGCACCAACACAGAUGCAGCGAGGGUCGGGAGGGGGCUUCCAGAAAACCCUCCUCCGUUUAUCCAAGGAAUUGUCUCUUAAAGCUGACCCCUCCCUCUGGUCCCCAAGCUGGUCCAAUUUUCUGUUUUUGUUUUUUUGUUUUUUUAAAUUAUUUUUUCAUUUUGGCAAAAGUAAAUUUGUCAAACCACAGAAAUCAGACGUGUGUCCCUUUAGAAGUGUGUUUUUUUGUUUUUUCCUCGGGGAUGCACACACAGACGUCACUACAGGAUUCUCUCUGACCCUCUGUUUGACAGGCCCGUGCUGCUCUGUGGAGACCCACUCCCUGAGCUUGCCUCUGACAUCCCGCCCACUCGCGAACAAAAAAAAAAGAAAAACACCCGGGAAGUGACGUCCUUGGCCUGGUGCUUGACAUCUCCCAGCUGGGCAUGAAUAAGUGUCAUUACAUAUUUGCUUAAAUGUGUGCGUUGUGCAUAAUGUCUCAGUGCAGGUGUGUGUGCGUACUGCAGACCUACAUACUUGGUGAGACUGUAUGCGUACAGAGCCAGGAAAAGAGAGGAAGUUGCAGGGGGUACAUUUUCACAGGCACGUGUAGCGUUCAUUUACAGACAGUGGAAAUAGGGAAAUACAGACAGGAUUCAUGGCACAGGACAGAGACAAACCAACACCAGAACAGGAAAAACUGCACCCAGCACCAGAUGAUCGAAGCCAAAUUUGAAAUCCUCAAUUUUUUUUUUUUUUUUUUUUUUAAUGUUUUCUGAGCUGUGCUGCAGUUAUCGUGCUGGCCAUGUGUUUGCCACAUCAAAUAGUACCAACAACUGUACAGAGUGUGUAGUUAAAGAUCAAAUCGUCAGGUGAAAAGUGAAUCUCCCCACCUGAGCAACACAGUUAAGUUCGAUUUGGUGGGUGAACAUUGAACGGUCGCACAUCGACUUUUUGAGAUUUAUAACUCCUACAGCUUUCAAGCAUUAAUCAAAUCAGGCAUCAGUCAGUAGUGAUUCGCUUCAAGA